AUGGACAAUCUGGAAUUGUCGUAUAAAAAGCCAUCUAAACAGGGCAAGGGAGAGGAUGUGGGCUCAGAGCCUCUAGCAGAAUCACUGAGAGUCCCUUCACGAAAGGUAUCUUCACGAAGACGAGCCUUACAAGAUUUCUACAAAAUUUCAGAAGAUGACCAAAAACAAAAGUCAGAAAAGUCGCCGGAAAUUGGAGCGAAUGAGCCUGAACAGACAAGCCACCACCUAAGGGAGACUGAAAGUACAGGAGAAACGGAUUCUGUCGCAUCUGUAGACUUUGAAGAUGCCGAAUCCAUCAAGCAAUUUUUGCAACUGGCGUCUAUAAAUGAUUUACUUAAAGUGCGUAAUGGAGUCAGUGGCAAACUUCUAUCACAAGAACUGACAAAGAAGUCGAUCAUAUACGACAACUACUACGAAUUGAUAAAGUUGCGUCAGAUUCUUGAUGGAGUAUCAAAGUCGAGCAUAGUCAACACUACCCAGUCCACCCAAAGUCCUUUGGAUGAUCUCACCAAUUUAAGCUCACGCAAAGAAGCUUCAGAAAGCGUGAAAUCUGUAGAGCAGAUACUUGGUGAUUUGAAGAAUUUCAUCAACAAAGAAUCAAAAACUUUUCAUGCCGAUUUCAACUCGGUAGUUUCGAAUAUCACCAGUGAACAUCAUCGUCUGGACUCGACCGCUAGCAUAGUUGCCAUCCCUGAAAAGGAGGGAACACCAGAUUUCGACUCGGCUCAAUUAACAGCGGAGAUAUCUGGUAUACUAAAUCCUGCUCAUGCCAAGAAUAAAGAUUAUAUCAAAUCUUUGAUUGAAAGUGUCAACCCCGACAAUGUACUACUUCAGCAGGAUAUUAAGGAUCUCGAGUAG